GGGCCACAUCGGAACUAAAGGAGCAGGCGGAGCGGGGCCGGGCGCUGUCCGCGGUGCUGAAGGCGGGGCCGGGGCCGGGCGCUGUCCGCGGUGCUGCAGGAGAGCUCGCCCGGCCCGGCCCCUACCCACUUCUCCCCCGGCCGAUGCACCCCGGCCAUGGAUGCCCACGCCAGCGGUUCGGGAGUGGGUGGCUACAACGAGGCCCUGCUGCACAAGACCAUCCUGGUUGGAGACAGCGGCGUGGGGAAGACAUCACUGCUGGUCCAGUUUGACCAGGGCAAGUUCAUCCCUGGCUCCUUCUCUGCCACCGUGGGCAUUGGGUUUACGGUGAUGUUACUUGGAGACUCAGGCGUGGGGAAAACCUGUUUCCUGCUCCAGUUCAAAGAGGGAGCCUUUCUCUCCGGGACCUUCAUAGCCACCGUGGGCAUAGAUUUCCGGAACAAAGUGGUGACCGUGGAUGGCGUGAAGGUGAAGUUGCAGAUCUGGGACACGGCAGGACAGGAGCGCUUCCGCAGCGUCACCCAUGCCUACUACAGGGAUGCCCAAGCCCUGCUCUUGCUCUACGACAUCACCAGCAAGAUGUCCUUCGACAACAUCCGUGCCUGGCUGACAGAGAUCCAUGAGUAUGCCCAGAAGGAUGUGGUCAUCAUGCUGCUGGGCAAUAAGGCUGAUGUGAGCAGUGGGAGAGUUGUGAGGACAGAGGAUGGAGCAUCGCUGGCCAGGGAGUACGGGGUGCCUUUCAUGGAGACGAGCGCCAAGACAGGCAUGAACGUGGAGCUGGCCUUCCUGGCCAUUGCCAAGGAGCUGAAGCAGCGCUCGGCGCAGCCGCUGGAUGAGCCUCGCUUCCAGAUCCACGACUACAUCGAGUCACAGAAGAAGAAGCCCAGCUGCUGUGCCUUCGCCUGAGAGCGGCCAGGAGGGGCUGGCAGCCCCGGGGACACAACCUGGGGGGGCAGAGCAGGGGCCCAGACCUGCCCUCAAGUGACCAAAGGCUCUGCAAAGCCAGGUGUGGAUGGAACAGCACAGCCGGGCAGAGCAUGCAUGGGGGCAGCCAGCGCCCCAGCACCAGGACCCAGGGGCCAGAUCCUGCUGUCCAAUGGGGCAAUACCUGGAAGUUACCGUGUGUCACCAAGGAGUCACCGUAGGGUAAUGACUGCCAGCCUGGCCAAUGAGCCACAGUGAUGCUUCCAGCACCUGAACAAGAUGCAGGACACAGCCCCAUGCCCAGCUGAGGGCCCCUUGGAGCAUCUCUCAGGGCGGUGUGCACACCAUGGACAAGCCCUCAUGCAGCCCCUGGUCUUCUUCCCUCACUGCAGCCGUUUCAGCUCUCCAUGCUGCUCUCAUCUGGCUGGAAGGGCCUGAUCCAGCCCCCUACAUCCUCAGUGCCGGGCUCUGGCUUCCCUCCAGAGGGCCUUGCUCUGCCCCUCAGGCUACCCCAUGCUGGGGUGCAGCCAGUCCCUCACCUGGCCACAGCUCCUCGCUGCUGUGGUUGCUGCUGUCAGCUCCUACCCUCCUGCCUCCAUGAGGGCAGCAAUGUCCCUGUUGUGUCCUGGUUGUACUAGAGGGAAGGGCUGGGAUGGGGAAGUGUCCAACCAAGCCUGCUCCCUGCCCACACAGCUGGCAAGAGAAAUAAAACCCCUGGGAGCACCCAGGUGAUGCUUGGGGCACUUCUGCUACACAUGGUGAUCUGGAAGAACCUUUAUUUCCCUCCUCUCAUAGCCAAAGGAA